AUGUUCUCCAAAACCGUUACCGCUGCACUUCUCGGAUCGAUCCCAGCUGCCCUGGCAUGCUUGGGUUAUGAAGGUGGCCUUCCCACUCCUACGGAGAACAGACAGAUUUCUGCGCCUAUCUACGUCAAGUCUGGUGAAGUCUUCGAUGGCGGUUGGGCCAAGUACGAUAGGAACCCCACUUCGUGUAGAGAGCAACAAGAAGGAGGCGAGUCCGAUACUGCAUUUGUGCUUGAGAAAGGCGCAACCCUGCGAAACGUCAUCAUCGGCAAGACUGCCGGUGAGGGUGUCUACUGCCUCGGAGGAGGCUGCACCAUUGAGUUCGUUUGGUUCGAAGACGUUUGUGAGGAUGCGAUCUCUGUGAAAGAAGACCAGCCCGGUGACGAGACCUGGAUCAUUGGCGGAGGAGCUUACCAUGCUGCCGAUAAGAUCAUUCAGCACAACGGCUGUGGCAAAGUCAACAUCAUCAACUUCUACGCCGAGGACUACGGCAAGGUAUACCGCUCUUGUGGAACUUGUCAACAGUGCGCUCGCGAGGUUUACGUCGAAGGAGUCACUGCUUACAACGGCGGCGAAGUUGUGGGGAUCACGAAGGCCAACGGCGACAAGGCGACUCUCGUCAACGUCUGUACCGACGCUAAGACGCCUUGCCAGAACUACAGUGGCCCUGGAGACAAGGACGGAGCUUGCUAA